AAAUUCUUUGCUAGGAGGCGUGAGAGUACGCCAUUUAUUUUGAGUGGUUAAGCAUGCAAAGAAAAGCGAAUAUUAUUUGUUUUAUUUAACUGUUUUGUAGGUAGUAUGGAUAUCGUGUUUUGAAACACCCAUGGCUUUUAAAGAUAGAUAGCGGUUUUGUGUAAUGAAAUGUUUUUAAAUUCUAUAGCGGUUUGGAGAAUGUCUUCAUUCAUUAGAAAGGGAUUCAGAUUUAAUUUAACGAAUAAUUUGUGCUGCAAAGCGGUACAUGAUGCUGACACCAUUUUUGCCCUGUCGUCUGGACACGGAAGGUGCGGCGUGGCAGUGGUGCGGGUCAGUGGCCCUGCUUCUGCUUUGCUUCUCCGAAGCAUGGCUGGUCCACGAGGUUUGCCUCCCUCAAGGACUGCGGUCCUCCGAAACAUCACCGACCCCCGUUCCCAGGAGCUACUCGACCGGGGACUCGUACUGUGGUUCCCAGGACCUCGCAGUUUCACUGGAGAAGACAGCGCAGAGUUCCACUUACAUGGGGGUCCUGCUGUCAUCACUGGGGUUUUACAAGCCCUCGGUAAUGUUCCAGGUGUACGUCCGGCAGAGGCCGGGGAGUUCACCAGACGGGCCUUCCACGCUGGCAAGCUGGAUCUGACAGAGGUCGAGGGCUUGGGGGACCUGAUCCAUGCAGAGACGGAGGCUCAGCGCAGGCAGGCCCUGCGGCAGAUGGAGGGAGACCUGAGUCGGCUCUAUCAGGGCUGGAGCCAGCGCCUGGCCAGGGGCCUUUUCUACGCAGCGGCUGGAAAAAACACAAUUCAGGAUGUUUUCUUAUGGGCUGUGACUCACUGUUUCAGCCGUAUGGCUCAGUCUUUGGCUCACAUGGAAGCCUUCAUUGACUUCAGUGAGGAUGAACUUAUUGAAGAAGGUGUCUUAAAUGAAGUGGACCUCUCUGUCCUGCAGCUCCAAAGCGAAAUCGAGGGGCACCUGCAGGACGGACGGCGGGCAGAGCGGCUCCGCAGCGGCGUCCAGGCGGUGAUCGCCGGAGUCACCAACGCGGGCAAGAGCAGCUUCCUGAACCUGCUCUGUCAGCGCCCAGCCGCCAUCGUGUCCCCCACAGCCGGUACCACCAGGGAUGUAGUGGAAACCUCACUGAACAUCGGGGGGUUUCCUGUGGUACUCAGUGACACCGCUGGACUCAGAGACACAGUGGACAGUGUGGAGAUGGAAGGGGUCCGUAGGGCUAAGGAGAGGGUGCAGCUGGCUGAUGUGACGCUAGUGGUUGUGGAUUCGACCCAGCUUCCCCAGAACUACGAGGGCGUACAAAUCUUCCUCACUAACCACCUCAGGUCCAUACUUCCUAAUGGGGAUGACUGGAUUGCUUCUCUGCAGAGAUGCCUCCUGGUCCUCAACAAAAAAGAUCUACUCAGCAAGGAAGCCGUGGACAGUUUGCAGAAAUCCAUCAGUCAGGCAGAGGACUUGCCUCCAGCCAGUCUCUUAUCAUGCCUGACCGGAGAUGGUCUAGAUCAUCUUUUGGACCUUUUGCAGGAUCGAAUGAGAACUUUGUGUGGAGAUCCCCUUGUCGGUUCUGUAAGUUUAACCCAAGCUCGACACCGCUGUCACUUGCAGCAGUGUGUGAGGGCUCUGUCUCUGUACCACACCUAUCGCAACAUGGACUUGGCUUUAGCGGCUGAAAGUCUCCGCUUGGCCCUCACCAGUGUGGGCAGGAUCACAGGGAAGGUGGGAGUUGAGCAAAUUCUCGACAUGAUCUUCAGAGAUUUCUGCAUAGGGAAGUAGCCAUGAACACAGUCCAUGUAGAUGUAUGGGGCGAAAUAUAUAAUGGUGUUUGACCAAUAAAAUUAAUUUAAUGAA